CUAGACUAAAAUACACUUCUUACGAUCUUUUAAGAAAUAAAAACCUUCAUACCACGCUAUUUUUAUUAAUCGGGUACGUACUUUUUAUUAAGUUGAAAUCAAGUAUAAUUAUAUUAGAUAAUCAUGAUUAAUAAUGAUGAAACAAGAAUUAAAGUUAAUGAAAUAUUAGGUUUCGGAUAGCGCCAUCUAGUGACGAAUGGCGAUUCAAUACGUACAGUAUUUUAUUUAGAAUUAAAUUAAAAAUAAAAAGAACUUUACAUAAAAUAUAUAUAUAAAAUUUGUGAUAUAUAUUUGUAUCACAAAUGUAAAAACAGCAGUUUUCGCGAAAAUGAAUAGAUUUUUAAAAGAUGUCUACUUUGGGACGGGGCGGGGGAAGGCAGGUGAUGACGAUAUCGACGCGAUGGCACUCGCUCGUCCGUCCUGUUUCUACGUAAUUCGACUACUUCACCAUAGAUGUCACUUCAAGAUGUUUCCUGAACAUUCUCCAACAUUCCAGAGUGCUUUCAUUCGACACAUCGCAGUGAAUAUAAGCGGAAGCUUUGGCGCUGUGUUCCGUAGUUCAGAUACAUUCUGAUACGAGCGUUGUGUUGUGAGCGAUUUGCUAUAGCGGAUAUUUAGGUACUGCUGCAGUUUCGAUUAAUUGUUUGUGAUCUGAAACUUUAACGAUGGCAUUGUUACCGUAUUUAUUGGAUGAUUUUCGACCUCGGCGUGUUCGGGAUCCACUGUUGGAUCUGGAUUAUGAUGAUGGAUUUUUAACCGACAUUUUCGACCGGCCAAAGAUCCAACUGCGACGGUACAUUCGACCUUGGAGGAAUUUAUCGGCUCUGGCAAGAGAUGUGGGGUCCACCAUUAAGAGUGACAAGGACAAAUUUCAAAUUAACAUCGAUGUCCAGCACUUCGACCCAGAGGAGAUUUCUGUCAAGACGUCUGAUGGCUUUAUCGUCGUAGAAGGCAAACAUGAAGAGAGAAAGGAUGAACAUGGGUUCAUUUCCAGGCAAUUCAAACGGAGGUAUGCUCUCCCUGAGGGAUGCAAUCCAGAGACUGUUGAAUCUCGUUUAUCGUCGGAUGGUGUGCUGACGGUUAUCGCACCAAAAUCUUCAGAGUUGAAAGACGAACGUGCAAUUCCCAUCACACAUACAGGACCAGUACGCAGGAAGGUGCAAGAUCAAGAGGAAAUAGAAAAUGGUGUAGUCGAAGAAGAAGCUAAAACUCCUCAAAGGAAACGCGGAAGACGUUAACACUUAAUUAUUUUUUGUUGAAGUAUUCAAUUGUUUCCAAUUUUUAAGACUGAUUUGUUUAUAAGUACAAAUAAAACUAACAAAUACUAUUUAUUUUGUAUUUUUGUAUCUAUUUCUUCAUUAAUCUACUAUCCUAAAGACCAAAACAACAAUGUUUAGGUCGUUAAAAUUGGUUCAUUGAAUUUUUUCAACCAACUUGAUAGUCUUUUUAUAAAGCGAUAAAGGCAUGGUCCCAUCUAGAAAAUACGCUCUCAAACAAAAUAAUCUUCAGGAUAGAUCCACAACUGACGCAGAUAUUGUGAAAUGUAAAUACGUUCAGUUGAAUUUAGAACCUAUAAGUUCCGUAAAUUGCUUAUGCGUUGAAACCUUGUUAAAAUAACACAUCUGGUUGCUUGUAAAUUUUUUAUAAUUUUGUAUUAUUAAUACAAACUUAACAAUUGGGAGGGGGCCUACCCUAUGCAUUUGUGGAGAUUUCAG